GUUCCCAUUCCCCAUUCCCGGUUCCCAUUCCCUGUUCCCAUUCCCUGUUCCCAUUCCGGGUUCCCAUUCCCUGUUCCCAUUCCCGGUUCCCAUUCCCCAUUCCCAUUCCUGUUCCCAUUCCCCAUUCCCUGUUCCCAUUCCCAGUUCCCAUUCCUGUUCCCAUUCCCAUUCCUGUUCCCAUUCCCAUUCCUGUUCCCAUUCCCGUUCCCAUUCCCGGUUCCCAUUCCUGUUCCCAUUCCUGUUCCCUGUUCCCAUUCCCGGUUCCCAUUCCGGGUUCCCAUUCCCCGUUCCCGUCCCCGUUUCCCGCUCCCAUGGAGUCUCAGUGUGACUAUUCCAUGUAUUUCCCGGCCGUGCCGUUCCCUCCGCGGGAGCUCCUGGCGGGAUCGGGGCCCGGGGGGGGUUACCGGGCCCUGCCCCGGCGGAACCACCUCUACCUGGGCGAGACCGUGCGCUUCCUGCUCGUGCUGCGCUGCCGCCCCGGGAAUCCUGCCGGGAAUCCCGCCGGGAAUCCCACCGGGAACACCGCCGGGAAUGCCGGGAACACCGCCGGGAACAGCCCCCCCCGCCCCCCCUGGGCCCAGCUGGCCUCCUCCCUGGCCGCGCUGGCCACGGUGGCGCCCGGGGGGGACCCCGCGGGGGUGCCCCGGGACGGGCACGGGGACGGGGAGGACGCGGAGCCUGCGGUUUUCCGGGAAUGCCGAGCACUCCUGACCCACAGCAAGGGACCCCCCGGCUGUCCCGGAGCCGGGAUGCCGGUGGAGGAUCCCAUCGUGGCCACGGACGAGGUGAUUUUCCCGCUCACCGUUUCCCUGGAUCAGCUCCCGCCCGGAACCGGCAAAGCCAAGAUCGUGGUGACAGUGUGGCAGAGGGACGCGGAGCCGCCGGAGCUGCAGGAGGGGGGGGGUUACCUGGGGCUGCUCCAGGGCCGCGCCCCCGCCCAGGUGUUCCGGCAGCACCGCGGGGCCUUCAAGGCGCAGGUGAGCACGAUGCUGACGGUGCUGCCCCCGCCCCUCGUCAGGUGCCGGCAGGUGACGGUGUCGGGCAAGUACCUGACGGUGCUCAAAGUGCUGAACGGGUGCUCCCAGGAGGAGAUCUCCCUGUGGGAUGUGCAGAUCCUGCCCAAUUUCAACGCCAGUUACCUGCCCGUCAUGCCCGACGGCUCCGUCCUGCUCGUCGACGACGUCUGCCACCACUCGGGGGAGGUGCCGGUGGGCGCGUUCUGCCGCGUGGCCGGGGCGGGCUCGGGCUGUCCCUGUGCCCUCAGUGCCCUGGAGGAGCAGAACUUCCUCUUCCAGCUCCAGGCCCCAGAGAGGCCCCCCGAGGACGCCAAGGAGGGCCUGGAGGUGCCGCUGGUGGCCGUGGUGCAGUGGUCGACCCCCAAGCUGCCCUUCACCAGCAGCAUCUACACCCACUACCGGCUGCCGAGCAUCCGCCUGGAGCGGCCUCGCUUCGUGAUGACGGCCACGGUGGAGUCGCCGGUGCCGGCGCGGCGUCGCUUCACGGUCACCUACACCCUGCUCAACGACCUGCAGGACUUCCUGGCCGUGCGCCUCGUCUGGACCCCCGAGACGGCCACGGCCGGCAAGGCUCCCUCCACGCCGGGCUCCCUGGACUCCAUCGUGUGCCACACCCCCCUCACCAACCUGGGCUAUUCCCGCAAGGGCAGCGCCAGGACCAUCCGUGUGGCCUUCCAGGCGCUCCGGGAGGGGCUCUUCGAGCUGUCCCAGCACAUGAAGCUGAAGCUCCAGUUCACGGCCAGCCUGGCCCAUCCCCCGCCCGAGGCCCGGCCCGUGUCCCGCAAGAGCAGCCCCCAGCUCCCGGCCGAGCAGGGGAAUGGCACUGGGAGGGAAUUGGUGGCGGGACUGGGACGGUCCCAGUCCUUCUCCCACCAGCAGCCCUCCCGCAGCCACCUCAUCCGGUCUGGCAGCGUGAUGGAGCGCAGGGCCAUCACCCCCCCCGUGGGGUCCCCCGUGGGCCGCCCCCUGUACCUGCCCCCCGACAAAUCCGUGCUGGCCCUCGACAAGAUCGCCAAGAGGGAGUGCAAAGUGCUGGUGGUGGCGCCUGUGCAGUGACACGGGGACAGGGGGGACAGCAGGGGACACGAGGGGACAGCAGGGACACCGAGGACACCGUGGAUGUGCCACCACCCCCCGCCCUGCUGGGUCCCCAAACUCAGCCGGGGACCCCCUGGGGGGCUCGAGGUGCCAAGGGAGGGGACACUGGGGACAUCCCCGAGCCUGGGGACACUGGGGGACGCUGGGGGUGUCGUCCCCGAGCCUGGGGACACGUU